CCCUGCCUCUGGGCUUCUCUGAGAAAGAAAGGGGUGGUGUGUGUACGGGGGGGGGGGGGGUAACCUCUUUACUCCCCCCCCCCAGGGGAGACAAAAAAGAAGGGAAGAAGAAGGGGGAUGGGUAGGGAAGAGAAAAAUACGUGACAAAGAAAACAUUCUUUGCUUGGGAGGAGACUCCCAGAGGGUGUAGAGCUGGAGGGAGCAUUCACUGGCCAUGCCAGUACUUACCACUGAUGCUGAGUCAGAAACAGGUAUCCCAAAAUCCCUUUCCAAUGAGCCUCCCUCAGAAACCAUGGAGGAAAUAGAGCACACAUGCCCACAGCCUCGACUGACCCUGACUGCACCAGCCCCAUUUGCAGAUGAAUCCAGCUGUGAGUGCCAAGCACCUCAUGAAAAACUGACCAUUGCUCAGGCCCGCUUAGGAACACCAGUUGACAGGCCUGUUAGAGUGUAUGCAGAUGGAAUAUUUGACCUCUUCCACUCAGGUCAUGCAAGGGCACUUAUGCAAGCAAAAACACUGUUUCCCAACAGCUACUUGUUGGUAGGAGUUUGCAGUGAUGACCUUACUCACAAAUUCAAAGGUUUUACUGUGAUGAAUGAGGCAGAACGAUAUGAAGCUCUCAGACACUGUCGCUAUGUGGACGAAGUCAUCAGAGAUGCCCCAUGGACUCUCACACCAGAGUUUCUGGAAAAACACAAGAUUGACUUUGUGGCUCACGAUGACAUUCCAUAUUCCUCUGCUGGUUCUGAUGAUGUUUAUAAGCAUAUAAAGGAAGCAGGCAUGUUUGUUCCAACACAAAGAACAGAAGGUAUCUCAACGUCAGACAUCAUCACCAGAAUUGUCCGAGACUAUGAUGUAUAUGCCCGGCGCAACCUACAGAGAGGGUACACAGCCAAGGAACUGAAUGUCAGUUUUAUAAAUGAAAAGAAGUACCGUUUUCAGAACCAGGUGGACAAGAUGAAAGAAAAGGUCAAGAAUGUGGAGGAAAGAUCAAAGGAAUUCGUUAACAGAGUAGAAGAAAAGAGUCACGACUUAAUUCAAAAAUGGGAAGAAAAAUCAAGAGAAUUCAUUGGCAACUUCCUGGAACUGUUUGGGCCAGAUGGCGCAUGGAAACAGAUGUUCCAAGAGAGGAGUAGCCGGAUGCUACAGGCCUUAUCUCCGAAGCAGAGUCCCGUGAGCAGCCCGACCCGGAGCCGGUCCCCUUCCCGCUCCCCAUCUCCCACCUUCUCAUGGCUCCCCAGCAAAACCUCUCCCCCCUCCUCACCCAAAGCAGCCUCAGCCUCCAUCAGCAGCAUGAGUGAGGGGGAUGAGGAUGAGAAGUAAAGGUGCCUGGCCAACAAGAGCACACCACACAGGAUGGGAAGGGGUCCCAGGAUGCCUGGGUGGUGUUGACAGCUGCAGCUCCUCAGGGUGAUGGGAGUUCUGCCAUGGGAAGGUACUAGGACCAGCUCCUUUUUCUUCUCCAUACAGCCUGGCCUGGGCUCAGCAUGGAGGUGUCCAACCUGAAAACCCACGCAAAGCUUCUUAGUGUCCUAGAAUCAACCCACUUUAGCCCUGCUAUGGAAAGGUUCAGAGCACUCCGUGAAGCGGGGUGAUUUCUGCUUUCAUCCACAUCAUCCACAUCAUCCACAUCCAUAUCAAAUAAGCCACCUUGAAAAGUGGCUGCUGUCUCACCCUGCUAUCUCCAGCCCUGUAAGAACCUUGCACAUUGCCUCCUAUCAUCCAAGCUCUCCCAGAAUGAAUUCCCUUCCAACUGAGGUGGCUAAGUGCUUCCAAAAUGGGCAAGUUAAACACACAUUCCAGCUGUCUCCGUUCGGCCCCUAAGGCCUGAUGAUGGAACGAAUCAACUGUUUCCUGUUUCCAGGACCCUGACUCAGACACAGCUUCACUUUGGCCAGACAGAAAAGCGGAAACCUCUCAUUCAAAGGACAGUUAUGUCAUGGUGAACUCCACUUCAGGCCUGACAUGCUUCUGGCUGUACUUUUUCUCAUGACUGGCAUGGUGGCACUGUUUUCCAGAAAUUACCUGAGUUGACGGGAAGCGCACGUGGAAACCUGUCUUGUCUAAAAAGAAAUAACCAACCCAACGCAACCAGGAGCUGCUUUGCUUUGGCUCCAACGUGUGGACGAUGAAAACUAUCUCUUGGAGCUUCUUAAAGGAAUGGCUCUUUCCAUUUCUGACCACAUCACAGUCCAUAGUCCUCAAGUAACAGUUUGAUGUAACAAACACUUAGCAUACCGGUAGGGGGUGCUACCUGCACGUGUCUAUGUAUCCUCCAAAUAUGCCACCCCAGGGUGUAUACCAUAUGCAAUAUGAAUAUAUGGUGGUGGUGUCUGACUAGAUACUCCUCUCCUGCUCUCCCCCCUGAUGCCCUGCUGAAAUGCUUGAGCUCAAGAACCAUCUGGUUCCCUCCUGACUCGGGUACUUUGUCAACAGUUUAAUCAAAUGUUAGAUUCCUGUAAAAAAAUAUUUUUUUUUUGCCCCAGAAUAUUAAUAUUCCUCUUGUUCUUCACCUAUGACAUUUUUGGGUAAAGGGAUGCUCCAAAGUCUUGCAAACAAUUGAAGGCUCAAUCCUUUCAACAGUCUAAGAGACAUGGAAAUGAUUUCUGGCCCUAGCUGCUCUGAAUGUGAUGGAGACUCUCAGGUGACUGUAGAACUAUUCGGGGUCACUGUUCCCGAAUCACAUGUGGGGAAGGAGGAGGGCCAGUCAAGGUAGAAUUUCCUGAUCAUCCUGGUAGAGAGAGGCAGCAGUAAGGCUUAACUGAAUGAAGGCCUUAACCUGCAACAGAUGGGCAAAGUCCAGCACUUCUGGUGACGCAAGCCUCCUUCUUCAGAGGCGUUGGGAUGAAAAAAGGCACCCGUCUUUCCCCUUUGUGUUGGGGUUAAACUACCUUCCUGAUCACCUGAAGAUCAGUGGUGACUUCUGCAAAACUGUGAGGCUAAGCCAGCUUGGAACUUCCUUGUUCCUAGUUCUUCUUCCAGAACUCUGCAAAGUGCUCACGAAAGACCAGGGGACGGGGAGAUGGGGGAACAGCCUGUGAGAAAGAAAGUUCUUUUCAUAGCCAAGGCCCUCUCAGAGCAUCGCUCUCCAGAGGCAAGGGCUUCCAUUCUUCCAUUGUGUCUGUUUGACCUCAAGCACCUCACCAUGCACCCAAGACAAAUCAUGCAUGUAUGCCUUCCGUUUCAGCCAAAUGACACUUGUGGCAGUGAAGGGACAAGGAGAUCAACUGAGCAAAUGGAGAAGAGGAGAAGAGAGGGUCCUAGAGAGAGGAAAGAAAGCUAAAAAGAAAAUCUACUGUCACAACACUUCAGGUUGUGUGUGUGAAAACUCUUGAGGAAACAUUUUUAAAAAGCUCUGACUCCAUGACCUAGGGCAGAUAGGUCCACUUUUACCCAAGGCUUGUUCUGAAGCAGAUAGUAUAGGGUUGAUGUCUCAGUUGACUAUAAUUUUGCAGGCCCUACACAUCAUCCUGACAGGUACCACAUACAUAACUCAUCAGAGAGUGCUACUGUAGCUGUGAAGGAUGGGAAAUGAAAACACCUGAAUCAUUCCAAGUAGGAAAACCCAUUAACUGGGUUUAAAUCUCCUCAAUUUCCAUCAGCACCUCCUCACCUUCCUAAAGCCACAAGUCUUCCACAAAAAAAUGGGGAAGGAUUCUGCUAUCCAACCUUUAGUCCUUUGUGACCAUCUAUCAGUCUUUUCCGGCCCAUACCCAGGAGCUGGGAUUGCAUCUUCUUUUGGUUGUUCAGUUAAUUCUCAUGGCUGAGAGUUAAGGAACGAAUGAGAGCAUAAAGUAUGCAGCAAGCUUGGAGAAGUAAGAAGAAAUGACAGAGAGCAAGGAAAGGUGUUCUUUUUGCUCCAGAAAGGAAAACUUAGGGAGUGGGGUGGGUUCGGAAUGGAAGAUGGAAGAAAAUGAGACUAAUUGGUGAGUAUGGGAGAAUUUGAUUUUUCUACUUUUCUUCCAGGCAUCGCUAGGCCCCUUACAAGCGAAAGAGGAAAACUUCCUGUUGCAUACUUCCAUGACUAGUGGAUCCCCAUGCAGCAGGAGGGAUCCUGGCCUCUCUGGCUUCUUUGGCAUAUUAGCAAUUGCCAUAUCCCCCUGAAACCAAGUAAACCACAUCAACUCCCUUCACAUAAACGACAGAGGUGCAGUUGCAAUGCGAUAGUAGCAUUGAGUGGCCUAUUUCUGUCAUGAAAUUUCACUGUCGGGAUAUCCCAGAGGCAAAGGUAAACCACCCCGUGAAGACACAGUGUGGCUUCUGACCUGCUAUGGGGGCAGGAGACAGCCACUCUAUGACCUAGAUGCUGCAGUUACCCUGGUGGGUUGUGGCUACAGAAAGAACAUGGCUUAUUUUCUCUCCAUCUUCAGGGUUUGCUUUAAUGCCCAGUCCUAUUCCGCAGAUGAGCCUGGUUUUUCAGGCAUCUGCUUAGCAUCAGCCCUGUCCUAACCAUCUGAUGAGGAAAGAAGGAAGGAAGGAAAAGAGGUAGGAAGGAAGGAAGGGAGUGAGUGGUGAGUGAGCUCAUCAGAUAGUUUUGACUUCUCUAGUUUUCUGUUGUGUCACUGCAGUGUGUCUGGGGACAAAGCCAUAAGAACAGCAUAUCUACUUAAAAUUCUGCUGUACAUAUAAGACAAUGACUCGUCUGGAUUUAAGAAUGACCUUAUGCCCAAGCAUUUGCUCUGGUGCUGAAUAGUGCAAAAUACUGGAACCACCCCUCCCCCACCCCCGAAUCUCCUACAGCCUUUUCCCCUGCUCCCAAAUGGACCACAGUAUUCCCAACUUGUUUAUAAAUAAAGGGACGCAGAG